AUUAUUCACUUUACUCCCUUCCCUUUCCUUGCAAAUCGUUCGAUCAAAUUUCUUUCCUUUCCUUUUCUUUUCCUUUCAUUCUAUUUCGUUCAAUCAAAUCUCUCUCUAUUUGAAGGUUUCUAGGUCUGCCAGAUUCCCUGUAAAUUGGAUUCUCCCGACUCCUGGUAAAAUUUGAAUCUGUGGUUUUCUAUAAACUCCGUCCUUCGAAAUCGGUUCUGCAUAUUUGAUUGCAAGUUCAAUUCUCAAUUGACGAAAUCUUCACUUCUCAGUAGUUUCAGAGCUUCAAAUCUGCUGAAAUUUCUGAUAGUGAUCACAUUUAUAAGCUUUUCAAGUUGAAAUUCUAGGUUUUGAUGAUCUGAACUCGAAUUCGAAUGAAGUGGGUCGUCUUGAGCUAUGGUUGUUUGUUUAGUGUUGUGGACAGUGUUUUCAAGAUCUGAAGAUUGUAUUUGAAUAUAUAUAUUUUUUUAUUGGAUGAGAUAUUGAAUUUGGGGUUGCUAUGGAUAUGGAUUUCAAUGGGGAUGUGGCGUGUCUUGACGCUGAAUUGCUGCAGCUCCCGGAGGUAUCUCCUUUGUCCAUUAAUUCAAACCCUUAUAUUGCUGAGAAGCUGUUUGAGCAGUGGCUUUCACUUCCCGAGACUGCUCUAUUGGUUAAAUCUUUGCUUAACAAUGCAAAGGCAGGUGCUCCCUUGAAUGUCCCUGGAACAUCUUCUAGCCCAAAAGCUGCUUCAAGCAAUUCAUUACCUUCCAUGUUUCCUGCUGGCAGUACUCCUCCUCUUUCACCAAGAAGUUCAUCCGGUUCUCCUCGCUUUGCAAAACAGAGGGCGGGUCCUUCUGCUUUAGGUUCUCCUCUAAAAUUAGUGAGUGAGCCUGUAAGAGAACCGAUACCUCAGUUUUACUUUCAAAAUGGUUGUCCACCACCGAAUGAGAUAAGAGAUCGAUGUUUGUUUAGAAUCAAUCAGUUUUUUUAUGGUCACAUGGAAGGACUACAUAUACAUGAAUUUAAACUAGUUGUGAGGGAAAUUUGCAAGCUGCCUUCAUUCUUUUCCACCACUCUUUUUAGGAAGAUUGACAUCAAUUGCACUGGCAUUGUGACCAGGGAUGCAUUUGUUCAUUAUUGGAUCAAUGGCAACCUGUUGACGAUGGAUUUAGCUACUCAAAUAUUUACAAUCUUAAAGCAGCCGGAUCUCAAAUACCUUACUCAGGGUGACUUCAAACCCCUGCUUCAAGAAUUACUGGCAACUCAUCCAGGAUUGGAGUUCUUACAGAACACACCUGAAUUUCAGGAAAGAUACGCUGAAACUGUGAUCUACAGAAUUUUUUACUACGUGAAUAGAUUGGGUAAUAAUCGUCUUACCCUCAAGGAGCUAAGACGGGGAGACUUGAUUGCUGCAAUGCAACAUGCAGACGAGGAAGAGGACAUCAACAAGGUUUUGAGGUACUUCUCUUAUGAGCACUUCUAUGUGAUCUACUGCAAGUUUUGGGAGCUAGAUACAGAUCAUGAUUUCUUGAUUGAUAAAGAGAACCUUAUCAGAUAUGGUAACCAUGCUCUUACCUACAGGAUCGUCGAUAGAAUAUUUUCCCAGGUUCCAAGAAAGUUUACCAGUAAGGUUGAGGGCAAGAUGGGAUAUGAAGAUUUUGUUUACUUCAUACUCUCAGAGGAGGAUAAAUCAUCUGAGCCUAGUCUUGAAUACUGGUUUAAGUGCAUAGAUUUGGACGGAAACGGUGUUCUAACAAGGAAUGAAAUGCAAUUCUUUUAUGAGGAGCAGUUGCACCGAAUGGAAUGCAUGGCCCAGGAACCCAUGCUCUUUGAGGAUAUUUUGUGUCAAAUAGUUGACAUGGUUGGACCAGAGAAUGAGAGCUACUUCACACUACGUGAUGUGAAAGGUAGUAAACUUUCAGGCGGCGUUUUCAAUAUCCUGUUUAACCUUAACAAGUUCAUGGCCUUUGAAACUCGUGAUCCAUUCCUAAUUCGUCAGGAGCGCGAGAAUCCAACCUUGACAGAGUGGGAUCGCUUUGCACACAGGGAAUAUAUUAGGCUUUCAAUGGAAGAAGAUGCUGCAUCCAAUGGAAGUGCAGAUGUUUGGGAUGAAUCACUCGAGGCACCCUUUUAAGUUGUAGCAGGUGUCUUAUGAGGAGCCUUAAGUUCUUACUGCAAGCUGGUAACUAGAUGUCAAAACGGCAAUUUCGCUGGGACGUAGACUAUCAGCAAACGUCUUCAACCCAUGAGAGAAAUUCUGAAGUUACUCGAGUCAGAUGUUUAUGUGAUCUGUGGAUAUGGUAGUCUGACCCGGGAAAAGAGUUGAAAGUGCUGUGUUCGAGUGGAAGCCUCUAAUUAGAAUGCCGAAGGCCUUGGUGAGAUGGGCUAGUUGAUGACAGGUGAUUAAUCAGAAACAGUCGAGGGAAGAUCUCAAUGUUUAGCACCUUCUGUUGAUUCUUCCCCACCUUUUUUUUUUUUUUUUGUCUCAAGUUCUUGUUGGUGAUCGUAACGUUUUUUUAUGGAGGGAUCAGUUGGUGAAUGGUUGACUGUUGUGUCCUCUGUUAUUGUAUCAUAAUAUAUAUAUAUAGUGGAAUAUAAUAUAAAAAUGUAGCUUCGGUUGGAUGUGUGUA